CAUGUUACUAAAAAAGUAAAGUACAUACAAUGGUAGAGGAAGUUAUUAAUCCCAACAUUAGAACGAAAAGCAAGACAACUCGACCACGUCCGGUGUAUUUAUGGAAUGUACUAGAUGUGCAGAAAUGGUUGAGACGACACUGCAGUGACUAUUAUCAGUUAUACUAUGAACUGUUUCUGCAUAUUUGCCGCGUUAUUAAGGGAAGUAUCAGACUACUGAUUGAUAAUUAUGGUUGCCCGAUUCUAUUUCAGCCAAUUACGAUGAACUUGCUACAUCGUGAUUGGUUGAAGUGGAACCGGGCAACCGUUAAUCGUUAUCGUUAAUCCAUCGUCUGGGCACCUAUUAUAGAAAUUUUGCGAUUCCAAUCAGAAAUGCGAAAUUCCGACUGGCGAGUUUCCGAUCGCGAUUCCGUUCAUGUUUUUGCUAUUAUGCUUUUCAAGCAGAAUGGCCUUUCCAUCUACAGGGUGGGCCAUCUAUUGGUACGUUUUUGAAUUUCGUCGUAUGGCAACACCGAACGAGCUACA